UGCAAACGAAAGAGAAGUAAAAGAGAAGCUGAAGGAUCAACAGGCAGAUUGACAAUUUGUGUCUCUCUGUGCCACAUACUCAAAGUGUGUGAAGAAUGGAGUUGACUUUACUUAUUUUUCAAUCAAGGCAACUCUCUGUCAUGUGGAUGUACUUCAGCCAGCUGCUUUUGUUGAUGUACUAAACAUGGCAAGUCUCCCAGCACAGUGCCAAGGGAGGCAGUCUGGAGAGGAUUAUCAGGACCAAAAAUGAAAAAACUUUCUGCCUGUUAGAGGAAAAGCUCCAACAAACAUGAAUCCAGAAUCUCUGGACCUGUCUAUUCAGAGUGCCCUGUCGGCCCUCUUCCCACCUUUUGAAGCCACAGCAUCCAUUGUCCUCAGUCAGCUGUUUCGCACCAUUGACGAAUGUUACCACGGCGAUGCCCUGCAGUGCCUGCUGGACUUCCUUAUUCCCUCCAAACACCUGCUGGAGAGUGUCCAACAGGCUGCAUGUGCUGGAUACUCGGAUGUGGUUUUCCGCUGUGAGGGCUGGCCUCUGUGUCUUCACGACAAAACCAUUAUCCAGUUAGCGCCUGUGAACCCUUUGCUGUUGCGUCCUGGAGACUUCUAUCUCCAGGUGGAACCCUUCGGUGACCAAGCAGCACGGAUUGUACUCAAAAGUCUUUUAGAAGAGGGAUGUCGAGAAGUAGAGGAAACCCCCAUCCCUGAGACUUCUUACCCCUGCAUCUUCACUGAGGACUGGCUGCUGGACAUCAAUGAAGGACGCCACGGAACUCCUCUGUCACGUUGUUUGCUUUGCACAGACCAAGGAGUAAUCAAGUUGCCUUGGAAUAAAAUCGCCAUCCCAGAGUUUUUAGACAAACCUAAGAUAAUGCCCAUCUGUGGGGAGGCACCUUCUGAGUCAAAACAGGUCUCAGCUCCCUUCCAUUUUAACACCUCCACCCUUCCAGUGGAAGCUGUGAUUCAGCCGAUAGAAGAAAGGAUGUCAGCAUCUCUGAGAUCUGCACACUCUUCUUCCAAACUUAUUAAAAUGGAGCACGAUAGACGAGUCACUAAAUCAGCCUCCAAACCAUUAAUCAAACCUGUGGGUUGGGUUUCUCCUAAUACCUGGGAGAGUCAUAACUACCAGGAAAUAGAGGGUGAUUAUGUAGAUCUAGUGGAUAUUGCUAAAGGGAAAGAGUUUGUGGAUAAACAACAGGACAGCCGUAAAAAUCCACCUAAUUCAGUUUUGCUUAAACCUGUCAGACCACCUCCACCUGUACCAUAUGGGAAUAUGUCUCCUUGUGGACAAACUCAGCAGUAUGCAGAGGAGCCCUAUAAGCUGGGGCAGGUGCUUACAGAACAAGACUUAAAGUGUAGAUACAGAGAUUCGUACCUGGCAGCACUGAAAAACCCAGUCCCUUUUGAGAGGGGGAGUGUAGACCUCCUGGCUAACUUUGAAGAGGAGGGUAUGUGUGAGGAUGGAGAUGUAAGACCAAGAGGAGCACAUGAAGCUCCAAAAGUCCAUUUAGGAAAUUUCUGUAACCGCUGCAAAAACCCACUGAUAACAAAGGACUCUUGCCAGCACAAACAAUGCAGCGAGCUGACACCGGAGCACGUUUUGUGUCAACUCCCCUCGAGUUCUGCUCCAGAAAACCUUGUGAAGGAAUCACCUGGGAUUUUCAAAUCAGCCCCUGGCUUGAGCCAUAGUCAGAGAUUUCAGGCUAAGCUAAUUUCCCAUCAGUUCGGACAUACUGCUUGUGAGCAUCCAAUAUCAGAUGUGUCUCCAGCAACUUGUGGUGGUAACUUGAAACCACACCAGAAGGGAGAGUUUGUAAAACCAUCUGGCAAACACAAAGUUAAAGAGAGAUCUCUGUCUACUGUGUCAGAGACUCCUACAGGAAGUCCUGUUCUUUAUAAACUCAACAAUAGGAGUCACAGUGAUAUUUGCCCUGAAACAAUCACUAGUGUAAUCCAAUGCAAAAAAGGCACACUAGUGGAUCAGGAGACUACAAAGCUGGAAAGACUAAAGUGCUCUAAAAAAGAUUCCCAUCCAAGCAGAGGUGAAGAUCCGUUUCGAACAAAUGGACCAGGUGCUAAACUCAACUCAAAGACAGAGAAGACAUUCAUUUCACAGGUUCAACUUCCUGCACCGAGUACUGACCUUCAGCAAACUGAAGAAUCUGGCUUCAGGAGGGUCAGUGGUCUGCUUGAACUGGGCAUCAUUUGUUUACCAGGGAGCAGGGACAAGAAUGGCAGGGCAGUGGUGGAGGUCCAUGGUGACAGGAAAGAGUGGUCAUCCCCUCUCAUCUCAGCACAGAGUGUUUGUGAACUGCUGCUUUACUUACACUCCAUACCAAGGAAAGAUGUUCAGGAGCUGGGAAUGACUUUGGUCAUCAAUGCCAGAAAGAAGCCUCCUCCUAUUCACCUCUACAGAUCACUGCUGAUGGCACAGGAGCAAGCUCUCCAUGCAGUCCACAGCAUCAUCAUUCUCAUGGAUAAGGACACUUGUCCACGACCUGAGAAACAGCCUGGUCUGCAGAUGGACAUGGUGACUUCUAUGAAAGCCCUGAACAAGACAAUAGAAACUUCUCAGCUGACCUCUGACCUGGGAGGAACAUUUACUUACAGUCAUACAGACUGGCUGCAGUUCCAUCAGAGAUUGGUGUCUUUCAUGACUGACCUACAAGGAGCUGACAGUUUGCUGCAAAAGGCCAUCAAGAAAGUGGACAGGAAAAGCCAAAUGGACACUGUGAAGGAGGUGAAGCAAAGCAUUCAGGAACAGAAGGUUUCCAUGAAGGAGGUGCUGGAAGAUGUUAGACUGGUAACUCUGCAAAGGGAAGGAGGAGCUUUACUGGCCAGGAUUAAGAGAGAGGAGUUUAGAUUUCCACAGUCUGAAGACUACAGAGAUGCUUUGGACUCAGUUACAAGUCUGUACAACCAAGUAGAAGAGAAGCUUCAUACAUUGGUGAUGAGGUCAAAUGAGUCUCUGCAGCAGCUGGAGUUCCUCCUCAGGCUCAGGGAGAUGGAAGCCAAAAUCAUCAAGGCUGGAAUUUGGUUUAGCACAGAAGGUGAACAGAGACUGAAAGAUUCUUGCACAACAGAUGAUGCACUAGUCUGCACUCAGAAGACCUUGCAGGACUUUAAUCUGUUUCUCCAGCAGUCUAAGGAGAAACAACAGCAUGCACUGACAUUGGUAAAGGAGGCAGAGAAGACUGUUGACACCAGUGACUCCAGUCCGGCAACAGAUAUUUUUCGUACUCUUGUCAGCACUUUUAAAUCCAAUGUAGAAGACUUCAUGUUGCGGGCAGAACAGAGGCAGAAGGAACUGGACACACAAGUGCAUGUGUACAGCUUUUGUGAACAGGUUGCAGCCAUGGCCAAGGAAUGUAGUAAUAUUUUGGAGCAAGUAGAGAAAGGGUGUUACUCAGCUCAGACCCUAAGCACACUUCAAAUGUAUGAGGAGAGAUUAAGUGGUGAAUUCUCCACCCCACACUUCCAGGCUCUGAGAGCUAGAGCCAGUGCCGUGGGAUCAGGGGCCUCUGGGAUGAUGAGAGUGUGGAAUGCAGCCUGGGUCCAAAGCCAAGAAGUCAGACAGCGCCUUGAGAAGAUGCAGAAGACAAAAAAAAGCAUAGAUAAGAACCAGACCCAACAGGCCACUGCUGCAAACCCUCCAGGGGAACAGGGAGAGAUGGAAAAGAAGGGGAAAAAGAGCGAGGUGGGGGAAGCUGACAGCUCUCUGGCCUCACAGCCAGUCUCUGAUACAGAGAUGGUCAAUACUGCAGAAAGCAGUACUGCUGCAUGGCUGAAGCACAAUUUGAAAACUGAUAUAAAAGGGAGCAAAAAUCAAGAAACAAAAGUACAACCGUUUACUGAAACAGUUGAAAAUGCCACAAGGACUCCCAUUUUCCCACAAACCAGUGACUUUCAUCAAGAAAGUAAAUGGAGGUCAAGAGAACAUCACAGUGAAGCAGAUCUGGGGACUGCAAGCGCUGCGAAAGAUGGGGAGAAUUUUCGAUCGCACCAACCUUUGGGUCGAUCCCUAAGCGAGGGUUCACAUGCAACAAACAUCUCUGGCUUUUCACCUUUGAGUAUAAGUCACAAACACUGUCACAGCAGGACGCAGUCACUGGAUAAGCCCAUCCAUGCUCUGCACAUUUCCUACAACAUGAAUUUAUGGCCAGGAAACCUGAGCUGUGAGUCAAGAAAGGACAGUGAUAAAGAAAAGGGUAAAGAAUGUACACUCUCCACCCAGAGUCUUGAAAAUGUACAAACUCCUGAAACAACAUUGAUGCCAACAGAAAUCAAUGGCAGCAACUCUGUGAAAGUACAGAUGAUCUUGGAGGAGCUGCUGUCUACAGAGAGGGAAUAUGUCAAAGCCCUGGGUUUUGUUAGAGAGUACUACUUCCCAGAACUGGAGAGGGCAGACGUCCCUCAGGACCUCAGGGGCCAGAGGGGGAGCAUCUUUGGAAACUUAGAGAAACUCCACGACUUCCACCAUCAUCAUUUCUCUGAUGAGUUGGAGAGCUGUGCGAAUGAACCCUUCAGAGUGGGACGUUGCUUUCUACGUCAUAGAGAGAGCUUUGCCUUGUAUGCUCUUUACAGCAAGAACAAACCACAAUCUGACCAGCUUCUAAUCAAUCAUGGACAAGCUUUCUUCAAGCAAAAGCAGCUGAAGCUGGGAGAUAGAAUGGACUUAUGGUCGUACCUGCUGAAGCCUGUGCAGCGCAUCAGUAAGUACAGCUUGCUGCUGCAGGACAUGAUGAGGGAGUGUGGACCAGGACAAACCAGAGAGAUCGCUGAGAUAAAGGCAGCCCUGGAGGUCAUCCACUUCCAACUCCGUCAUGGCAACAACCUGCUAGCCAUGGAUGCCAUCCACCAAUGUGAUGUUAAUCUAAAAGAACAGGGGCAGCUGAUACGCCAGGAUGAGUUCUUGGUAACAUUCAGGAAGAAAAAAUGUUUCCGUCACAUUUUUCUAUUUCAAGAACUCAUUCUCUUCAGCAAGACCAGAAAGACUGACGUAGGAAAUGACACAUAUAUCUAUAAACAGUCAUUCAAGACAUCUGACAUUGGCAUGACCCAAAACAGCGGUGACAGUGGUUUGUGCUUUGAGAUCUGGUUCAGAAAGAGGAAAAGCCAGGACACGUACACACUACAAGCAGUUAGCCAGGAGGUGAAGGAGGCCUGGACCAAGGACCUAGAGAGGAUCCUGUGGGAGCAAGCCAUACACAACAGAGAGGUUCGCAUGCAGGAAAGAGUUUUUUUGGGUAUUGGAAACAAGCCUUUCAUGGACAUCCAGCCCAGCGAGGCAGCUAUCAAUGACAGAGCCAUCAACUAUGUACUGAUGGGAAGAGAAAACAAGGUUCCAUCCUCCACGGGAUCAAACGGGUCACAGACCAAGCUUCCUGAGGGUCGACCAAAAUCUGUUGGUUCAGGCAGCAGCUCAUCUUCCUCCUCUUCCUCAGGACGGGGUUCCCUAUCCCCUGUAGGAUAUGAGUGUGGACCAAAGCAGAGGGAGGUUUCAGGUGGCCUUGGAGGAUAUGCAUCACCCCCUGGAACUCUGGAGGAUGACCUAGACCAUGAGAGUGGAAGUCAGACAUUAUUGUUGGACAGCUCCGAGUCCUCAGGAGAGAGUAUCAGCGGCUUCAGCAGUUCCAGCCACAGUUACCAUUCUGCUGUUGGGGGAGAGGUGGAGGACAAUUCCUCUAUCUGCACCUCCAUAAUCACUGUUAAGGAGGCGGCAGCUGCUCACUCAGCUGAAGCUUUCCAAAAACCAAAUGCCCCGGUGGGCUCUACAAAGAAAAAGCAACCACCAGUUGCACCCAGAACCAAACUGCAACACCAGGACAAGGAUCUGCUCAGGAAGAAGGGUCAGAGCAUCAAUGUUGGAAAGUCCACUGAAGUUUAACCCAUGAAAUACAGUGCAGUAUAAGAUCUGAUGGUGGUGCACGAAAAGCAGUCAGCAGUGAAGAUGACACCAAUUCAAAACGUGUUAUUCCAGCUGUCACUACAACCCUGAACCACUCUGUAAAUAAAGUUUUAGCAUCAACAAACCAUAGGAAAUUUGUUUAUAUUGGCAUUGUGUUGUAAACAUGAACAGGGAUCAUUUAGAGUUUGAAAGGCAUUGCUUUACUUACUGUUAUUCACUGUAAAUUAGUUUUAUAGCUCAAGCUGCAGUAUUUGUGUCUGUUUUUCAUAACACAUUACACUUAGUUAAACUGUUCUUUGACAAUGUUCAACAAGUAAUACAAAAUGCUGUCUUUUAUGUUAUGAAUGUAUUACCAUUUGUACAAAAGUUAAUUACCUAAUAUUGCUAAAUUUCAUGGUAUGUGUUUCUCUGAAAAUAAAACACAUUUACUCAAUUUCUUUUUAUCAGCACCUUUGUAUAAACUUACAUAUCUUACUCAUUGCUCUCUCCUAUUUUCACUCUCACUCAUCAUUUAAUCGGGAAUUAAGAUCAUAUGACUGAUGCUGCAGUCUUCCUGGAAAUGUUAUGUUUGCUUUGGCAAAAAUAUGUAGUCACCAUCACUGUGUGGAUUCGAUGGAACUCUGGUUGCGGUUUUACCUUUGUUAACCACUGAAUUGACAUUCCUGCCAUAAUAUUCAACAUUCAGGCUUUUGUGGACAUUUUUCUGUUUGUUUGCUUGUUUUUAGUGGGUUUUUUCACACUUUGUUACCUCAUCAUGUACAAAUGCACAUUUUCUGUGUUGCUGAAGUGCUUUUUGUGAGCUUUACAGAACAGACAUGGUUGUUAAACACUUCUUAAAACUUAAAGAAAGACUAAUUCUAUUUUUUCUCAUUUCAAAUAAAUUAAGUG